AUGCGUAUGUAUUGCGACAAUCAAGUUGUCAUAUUUAUUGUCGACAAUCCCACUUUUAAUGAGCAUAUGAAGUAUAUUAAGAUCAACUAUCAUUACAUUCAAGAUAAGGUUAUGUUUGAAUUUAUCUCUACACCUCAUCUGGCAUCAUCUCAUCAACUUGUGAACGUCUUCACAAAGAGUUUGACCGGCAUCUCCUAUGAUAUCACGUGUACCAAGUUAGACAUAUUUGACUUAUAUAUUAUAGUUUGA